AUGAAGAACAAUUCCUCAGCUGCUUCUCCUAUGUUCAAAUAUGGAAGCUUCUACUUCCCUGAGCAAGGUGGAUUCAAUAGUACCCAUUCUGGGCCCUCUACCCUCAAAACCUUCCAUGAAAGCAAUGGUAUGACUUUAGGAAGAGCCUACAAAAACCUCUAUGAACAUUCCAAGAAAUCAGAUCAUAAAAGAGUUAAUAGUCCAACACGUGGAGGGUCCUACAAUUCCUAUCAUGGAGAAACCUUUGACCACUGCAGUUCUUCUAGUGCCAAUGGAAAUUUAUGGUAUAAAGAAAUUGCCCAUUCACCUGGACACUCCUAUAACAUGCAAAGCGGAGGAGCUCACUCGAAAAAUUAUGGACGUUCAAAAAGCAAUAGCCUGUUCAAAAUCAAUGAAAGGGAAACCAUGCAAUUUCUAAAUGAGCGACUUGCAUCUUAUCUGGAGAAGGUUCGCACUUUGGAGCAGGGGAAUGGCCAGAUGGAAAGGAGAAUAUCUGAGUGGUAUGAGAACAAUGCCCCAAGUGCUUUGCCUGAUUCUAGCCAAUUUCUCAAGACAAUUGAAGAGGUCCAGAAAAAGAUUUUUGCUGCCACAGUUGAAAAUGCUAACAUUGCGCUACAGAUUGACAAUUCCAAAUGGGCAACAGAUGAUUUUAGCAACAAAUAUGAAAUUGAAGUCAGACUAAGGAACAAUGUGGGAGCUGAUGUAAAAGGACUUCAAGGAAUCUUGGAAGUACUACAUAAAGAGAAACUGGACCUGGAGUUUCAGGUCCAAGAACUCCAAGAAGAAGUCCAAGAAAUGAAGAAGAACCAUGAGGAGGAAGUGAACUCUCUCCGUGGUCAACUGGGUGCCAGAGUCAGUGUGGAAUUGGAUGCCGCCCCAUCUAUAGAUCUGAACAGUGUUUUGUCCGAUAUCCGAGAAGAGUACGAAAACCUAAUGGAGAGAAACCUGAGAGAUGUUGAAGCCAUGUUUCUAGCAAGGACUGAAGAACUAGGUUGUCAGGUCGAGCCAGGAUCCGAAAACCAACAGUCAGUGCAGAUUGAAAUUAUUGACUUGAAACGCAGUGUACAGAACCUGGAAAUCGAUCUACAAAGCCAGUUGAACAUGAAUUUAGCUCUUCAAGACAAUCUGACAGAGACAGAAGCAAACUACAGCUCAGAGCUUGCCCAGCUCCAAAGAAUGAUUAACAAUGCAGAAUCAGAACUAGCACAAGUCAGAUGUGACCUAGAAAGACAAAACAUAGAGUAUAAAAUUCUUAUGGAUCAGAAAAAUCUUCUUGAGACGGAAAUUGCCACAUAUAAACACUUGCUUGAAGGACAGGACAGUUGUGUUAACAAGGCAGAUUCAAUUGCAUCAGAUAUAACUACAUCCACUGACCCAGAAGGCUCCAACCCAACAGAGUGUCACCCAGCGGUAAAACAUUCUUCUGAGGCAAGCUGUUAA